AUUUUUGGAGAGUAAAAAUAUAAAAAUAAAUGAAACAAUAUUCAUUUUCUGUCUUUGACAAAUGCCCAACAAGGAAUACAACCCUUUGGAAAAAAGGAUUACCUAAAAUUCAAUAAAUAGAUCAUGAAUUACAAUAAACUUCAAAAGAAGGCUCAAUCUAAAUAAGAGAUGAUAGAGACAGCCUUGUUGAUAGAUGCAAUUAUCAUUUGAUUAACUAAUAUUUAAUAUCAAAUAGCUGUCACAUCAACAUCAAAAAUUUAUAUUUAAAAUCAAUAUCGCACUAGAAUGUAAUUAUAAGUGAUAACAUAUAGGUGGAAGGAUUGUAAAUAUCAGGGAAAUAAGAAUGUUUACAGAUUUUUGGAAAUCGAGAUCUCAUUGUGAAGUGGAAAAAAUACCUAUCUAAAUACACAAUCUAGAGAAAUUUUUAUAAGAAUUAUGAUGUACUGAGGAUGAUAGGCAGGGGAUCUAAUGCAAAAGUCUAUAAAGUGGAACGUAUUAGUGAUUCAUCCAUUUUUGCUGUCAAAAUUUUUAAAUUAGAAAAAUUAACUAAGAAAGACAAAGAACUUGUAUUUUUUAUGAUAUUCACAAUUAUAGGAAAGUUUAUUGAAAGAAAUAGACAUUAUGAGAAAACUAGACAAUAAAAAUGUUUUAUAAUUGCAUGAAGUAUUUGAGGAUGAUGAUAAUGUUUAUUUAGUUAUAGAUUAUCUACAAGGUGGAGAAUUACUCAAAUAAAUAGAAAAUUCAUUAGAAGGUUAUACAGAAAAUUUAGUUUAAAAUCUCAUACACAAUUUAUUGUGUUCAUUAAAUUAUUUGCAUUCUAAAAAAAUUAUACAUAGAGAUAUUAAACCAGAAAAUUUAAUACUUAGAACUAAGGAUAGUCUAACAGAUUUAGUUAUUGCAGACUUCGGUCUAUCAGAUAUUUACAAUGAAUAAGGAAUUUAUUUGUUUCAAAGAUGUGGUACAUUAGGAUAUGUAGCCCCAGAAGUAUUGAGAAAUGAAACGUAUGAUUAUAAAGUUGAUAUAUUUUCUGUUGGAGUGAUAUUAUUCAUUUUAUUAACAGGAGAAAUGCCUUUCUAAGGUGAUAGUGAUGAUUUAUUAAAACAAAAUGCAAAAUGCUAAAUAGAUUUUAAUAAACUUAAUAAUAGAUCAAUAACUCCAGCUGCUUAAGAUUUUGUUCGAUUAUUAUUAGAUGAAAAUAUUAAUAUUAGGCCAAAUGCAUAGCAAGCGCUUUAGCAUGAUUGGUUUGUUACUCCGAAAAUGGAAACUUUUGUUAGUUUAUCAUUAACUAAAUUACCAAUAAUUAAUAGGAAAUAAGACUAGGAUGAUUUUAUCAAAAGUUCUACUCCACUUUGGAACUAAAAAGGAUCUCUAUUAAUUGAUCAAUCGCCACUAUAAAAAUAUUAACAACAGGAUGACAUUCCUGAAAUUGAAUAUGAAACUAAUUAUUUUAAAAAACUUACUCCUACUGUAAAGGAUUAAUAUGAAAUAGUUGAGGAUUGUGUAGAUGAAGAAAAAUCACCUUCCCAAAUGGUUCCAAAAUAUAGAAUGCUUGUUAGAUAAAGAAGCAUUGAUUGA